ACUUACCCCUUGUACAUCUGUCCCCAGUAGUGUCAUGGAUAGAUGUGUAUGCUCGUGCCACCUGCCAGCCGCGGGAGGUGGUAGUGCCUCUGACUGUGGAGCUCAUGGGCACUGUGGCCAAGCAGCUGGUGCCCAGCUGUGUGACUGUGCAGCGCUGCGGUGGCUGCUGCCCUGACGACGGCCUGGAGUGCGUGCCUACUGGGCAGCACCAAGUCCGGAUGCAGAUUCUCAUGAUUCGGUACCCGAGCAGUCAGCUGGGGGAAAUGUCUCUGGAAGAACACAGCCAGUGUGAAUGCAGACCAAAAAAAAAAGAGAGUGCUGUGAAGCCAGACAGGGCUGCCACUCCCCACCACCGUCCCCAGCCCCGCUCCGUUCAGGGCUGGGACUCUGCCCCCGGAGCAUCCUCCCCAGCUGACAUCACCCAUCCCACUCCAGCCCCAGGCCCCUCUGCCCACGCUGCACCCAGCGCCGCCAGCGCCCUGACCCCAGGACCUGCCGCUGCCGCUGCCGACGCCGCAGCUUCCUCCGUUGCCAAGGGCGGGGCUUAGAGCUCAACCCAGACACCUGCAGCGUCUGCUGGCACUGGGAUCCGCAUAAACAAGGCUUACAUUCUAACGCGGGAGUCCAACACAAAGACAUAUGACGCCGGCAGAGGCUAUGAAGUCCUGUGGUAAGGGGCACUUGACAUCUUCUUUGAGGGGUUGGAGAUAUCCUGGAGGAGGUGACAUCUGCCUGGAGUAAAAAUGAGAGAGACAGCUUUCCAAUGUGCAAGGCUCUGGGCCUUCCCAGAAGCUCCUGUGGUAGACGUUUGUCCCACUUUAUGGACUCUGAGAGGCCAGGGGACCUAGUGUAACU